CCGAACCAGUCGGCAGUCGUCUUUCCGGAACCGUAUAUCGUGAGAGUCGUCGUCCAGCUACUCUGAAUCGGUAGUACCCUACACCAGUUACUACAUCAAAAACCAAGCGCACAUUAUUAUAUAGGAAUACAAAUCAAGGUUGUUGUAUUUGUACGAUACCUGGAACAAUAGAAGAUAUGAUGAAUAUUAUGGUUAAGCUAUUAGUUUUUUUCAUCACUCGACCAAAUCUGCAUCACCGCAUUACCGGAUUGAAUGACGGAUUAAUUCCCAAGGAGGUUAUCGGUCGAAAGAAAAUAGGAGGUAUUAUGUACUUCUUAAUGUGGUGGGAGAACAGCCAUGAGCUGACAUAUGUCAAGACUUCUGACGUAUGCGAACAGUGUCCACUUCUUGCUAUUGUGUAUUAUGAACGUCAAUUCAGAAUUCAAGAGUUAAGAUGAUUACUGUACAUUGUCAUCGAGAUUUCACAACAUUUGCUGAGCAAAGACUAUAUAAAAAAAAUAAUAAAUACACA